AGCCAUUUUGGCUCAAGGCCAUCUUGGUCCAGGGAGCUCUGGCCCAGGCAGCAGCGCGCUUACCGAACACGUUUCCAUCUCCGCCCACGAGAGCAUCCGUGGGAAGGGAUAUGGCUGCACUCCGGCGCCCCCUGCUGGCGGCCUCGUGGGUCACUGGUGCAUCUGCCUUGUCCGCGGCGGGCAGGACAGGCAGCAUGGCCGAGACGUUGCAGGGCACUGGCGCGAGGGCCAGCGCGCGCCAGACGCCCGAGGAGCUCGGCAUGGUGGAGGGGGUGGCCGAGGCGGGGGAGUUCGCGGCGAGCGCCUUCUCGGAGUCCUACUGCCUGGACAUCGGGGCGAAGGGGUUCCCGAUCCCGGUGUUCAAGAUGAUGCAGGCCGCCAAGUGGGACGUGGGCGUGUAUUUCGAGAAGCUCGAGGCGCUGGGGUACGCCGACGACGCCCUGCAGGUGAGCGGCCCCCAGGAGGCCAUGCUCCAGUCGAACUGCAUGCAGGAGGGCCGCCAGAGCAGGACGAAGCACAUCUUUGUCGGCGACUCCCAGAUGAUGGCGCUCCGCAACGCGCUCCACCGCCUCAACGGCUGCCCUGAGAUCUGGUGGCGCAACACCACCAGGGACCGUGAGGACUUGCUUGCGUCGAUGAAGGCUGGCAAGCGCGUCAGGGCCAGCAGUGGCCGCUUCCACGCGCGCACCGACCAGGCGCCAGACGGCCCGUUGCCCACAGGGUGCAAGGAGGACGGCAUCGCGUCGUUCAUCUUCUGGGAUGCCUGGCUCGAUAGGGAGAUCCCUCUUCAAGAGAUUCAGAACGAGAUUGAGCUGCUCGGAGUCGAGCCAGCCAAGGGUGACGCUGUAGUGGUGUGGAUCGGCUCGAACUCAAUCUCAGGAUCUGGCAGAACGAGUGUCCUGCGCAACACAAUUGACAAGCUCAUUGCCUUGGGGGUAAAGAUGGUGUGGGACUCGCCUACCUACAUUGACGAUGCCCUGAUGACCGCGACAACGGCCAAGGACUUGGGUACCGACUCGCGCACUGGCAUCCCCAUCACGUACACCGCAAUCGCUCAGAGGAAGGUCCGCGGCGAAAUCGGUUCAAAUCAGUACAAGAGUGAGAAGGUGUUCUUAGCAGGAGGUGUCGAGAUUCCGAUGACGAAACGUUGGCAGUUGACGAACCGGUACAGGGGGCUCCAGUGCGAUGGCAUCCACAGCGACAUGCGCGCGAGGGAUCCGCUCUACUACGACCUUCCCUGUCCGAAGGGCCCAGAGACUUACGGUAGGUCCUCGCACUGCAACUGGGUGGAGCCCUUCGACGUCCAGGUGAGGCAGAGUUGCCCCCAGGCCGUCGGCCUGGAUGACUUGGUGCUCCAGAGCGGCCUCUUUGCCAUGUGUGCGGCUCACGAGAGCCCUUUCUGCUACGCGUACACCGAGCGCAUCCGCUGAUGCGCUCCGCCAGGCGUUUUGUAUGUUCCUUUUCGGAUCUGGAAGGCACGUGCUGGCAUUAGGUGAUUGACCGCCAGCUUCUUUUCUAGUUCUAGUGGCUUCCAUGGUUCCUGCUUGAAUGGCAGGCCCGUGGGUCGCUCGUCUCCUCCUCCUCCUCCUCCUCCUCCUCCUCCUCCUCCUCCUCCUCCUCCUCCCCUCGAUCUUGAUCCUCCUCCUCCUCCACCCCCUCUCUCGUGUGUCGCCUCACCUGGUUAUGUGCGCGAUUGUGCGGUCUUACCUUUUCCGUUCGCUCUCGCCUGUCUUGUCUGGACUAGGCGCGUCGCCUCAUGUGCUCGCUCCUCAUGUGGAUUGACUGUAUGUCGGCGAAUGGCGCGAAAUAGUGCCCAGCUGCACCG